AAAGACUGAUCUACUAAGUAAAUUCAGGUUUUGCCAAACACAAAGCUAUUUUUCUGUCUUCCAUACUUUUUCAGUCUGGGCUGUUGAUGGUCAUCUGUUGCAAAGAAGGUCUUUCCCCAUCCAGCUGGCCAAAUAGAGAGUAGGCAUCAGGUUCCUCGUAGACUGUGAGCUUUGAGAAGAAAUGGGGAUACUGCGAUCCAGCACCUGGGGACCCAAAAGAGUAGGGGAUCCCUUUCUUUGCACUCUGUUCUGAUUGAACAGCAUAUUGCAAUCGGAAGGAGGGGGCUAGUGUCUUGCAGCACGUAAUUCUCAGUGAUCAGAAGCUCAAGGUCUCCCCAGGCUGGGAACACUCGCUGUAGCAGUGACCGUGAGUUCCUGUAACUUCAAACUCAAAUCAAGGACUCUGUGGGGAGCAGAGUGGAGGAAGGAAAGAGCAGAAGUCUAGACAGGUGAAGAGCCCAGUUGGCUCUGGGAUUGGAUCCUUGUUUUACCUUCUCCUUGUGACACCCAACCUCUCAAAUCCAGCCAGAACUCAAACCUGAGGCCUUUCUGAGCAGAGACAUGUUAGACUGUGAAAACCUCUGAGGUUCUUGGGCUCAGCUGCCUCCUGUUAGCCUUUGGCUUUGAAAGCCGAGGGUUGUCAGGUACCCUUUCAAGGGCAAGUGCAGCUGGAAGGGGCUUUGGGGGCACAGACUGUACUUAACGCUGAGGUGCUCUUCAUCUGUCAGCUCUUUGCCUCAGCUUUGUGUGCCCCAAUGAUAUCUAAUUGACUGUUUUUUCUUGCACCUUCCUACCAUUCUAUUUGCGGUGAUUUUAUGUUAAAUAAUUGCUACCCUCCUCAUUUCCUCUCUUCACUCUUUUCUUCCCAGUGGCUUUCCCUCAAGGUAUGAAAUUAGCUCUGAUGUCUCUGGCCAGCCCCCAGCUGGGUGCAUUCUGUGUGUUACUUCUGGAAUCCUCCAGCUGCACCAGGAGGUCGUUGCUGGAAAAAACUCAGGCUCAGAGGUGUAGGUGACGUGGUCGGCAGGAAGCCACCACUGGGGACCCCGAGGAAGAACAGGGGUUGUUUUCUCAAAUUCACCCCAGAGGAAGCUGUGAGGUGUGAGAUCAAAUCACUGGUUCAAGGGCUCCCGGCUGUCAAGAGUGGCUUUGGCCCAACUGGAAACCUUCUGACACACAAUCCAGGCUCUCUCUCACCACCCUCCUGGGCUAUUUUAAGUCCUGUUGCUUCCAGCUAUUUCCUGUGGCUAAAAACAAAAACAAACAAACAAACAAAAGCAGUGAUGAUGAGAAAACAGUGUACAGAAUUUAACAUAGUAAAUACAUAAACAAACAGAGAAAGAAGAUGGAGGGAGGAGAGAGCCUGGGCAGAGAGAAAGAGCUGCAGGAGUCCAAAACGACAAAAUGUCACGUGCGCUUAAAACCAGUUUAACCCAAGCUGCUCUUUCUCUGUGACCUCUGUGGACGCUGAGAAAGUUUCCAUUUGGUUUCCCUGGUUUCUUACUUGGGCACAGAGGUGAUGUCAUGAUGAAAUGAAUACUUGAAAAGUGGUUUGGGUACCACGUGGCCCCAGGAAUAAGACAAGCAUGAGGCACAAUGCAUCCACAUCUGUAGAAAUGGAGCCCUUUUCUUCUGCUCCCUUUCUACAGUCAGUUGUUGAGAUUAAACUCUAAGCGCAAUUUUCUUAAUGGAAUAAAAAUUAGUUUAUGUCCUGGAGUGAGAAUUUAUAAGAGUGUACGUUACAUAGAAAUAAGCAAGUGUAGGUUGAAUUCUGGGACAUCAGUGAACACCUCACCACUUACAGAGCGGCCAAGCCACAAGUCUGUGUUGGUUGCCAACUUCUUCAGAAUUCUAUCCUACCCAAUCACUGCCUCCAACUUAGAAUUUGGGGUAUUAAUUUUGAUGUAAUGUUCAAGCUGGGAUAAAGGAGCAUGUCUUUUUUUUUUUUGGUCACUCGUUACCAUCCCCUUCUACUAUUUUGCACAAAUGGCAAGAGCGUUGUACCCAGAAUUUAGAAGAAUGAUGAGUGGUAUAUUGCAAAAGGUCCUCAGGAAAGUCAGGAGGGCCCGGAGAACCAGCGUUUCCCACAUGACCACAGGGAGAGUAGACAUCAGAUAGCACUGGGGUGAUGCACAAAAAAAGAUUGAUUCCUGUAAAAAAUGGCUAGUAUUGCCCAAAUCAAAAGACCCUUGAAGCAUUUCAGGUGAGAUGCAAUUAAGGACUCCACUGCAGCAAAGUGCCAACUUGCAAACGUUCUUUACCCUGUAACUUUAAACUCAGGGAGCUGUAAAUUCAGAGCAGAACAGGCAAAUAAUUAGAGAUGCUUUUAUGCAUGAAAUCUCUGGAGGGAUGGAAUUGUGUCAAGAAUGAGGAGACAGCCGAAAUCAACAAAGGAAGAGUUGAUGUAAUCAUCUGAAUACAUUAGGAGAAGAAGUUGUAAAAAUUAUUCAACUAGUUUAGAAAGCAUAAUUAGGCAUUGAUGCCACCAUUUAUUUAUUUUAUAAUUUAUUUUUUUAAGUAUUUAUGUAUUUGUUUGCAGCAGGCGAGCUCCUUAGUUGCAGCAUGCGAACUCUUAGUUGUGGCAUGCAUAUGGGAUCUGGUUCCGUGACCGGGGCUUGAACCCGGGGCCCCUUGCAUUGGGAGUGUGGAGUCUUAAACACUGCACCACCAGGGAAGUCCCGAGGCCUCCAUUUAUUCAUCCCUAUAGUCGAUUUCGUUUGAUGUGGGCAGUAGCUGCCUAGAGAGAUAUUACAAAUAAAACAAAAAUUAACAAAAUUUUAGUCAUCAUUUUAGAAAAGAUUGCUCUCGUAUGACUACUGUAUUGAAGAAAUGAUUUGUUCCAAAGAAUUCUAGGUAGACACAUGAAAGAUAGUUAAGUAAAUAGAUAUUUGAGUUGUUUGAAUUCAUUUUGGGUCCUACAGACCAGUCUGUAUUCACUUGAAUCAUAUUGUAUGUAGAAUCUGAUUCCUAAAACAAGUGAAGUCUGACCCCUUGGUUCUGGAAAACUUCCCUAAGUCCUUUCUUAUCAUCAUUUCCUAUGCUCCUGAAGAUUAUGAAGCAGAGUUGGCAACCUUCUUGUUAAUGCAUUAGUUUUCAGCUGGGGUGGGAACAAAACAACAACAAAUAAUAACUCCAGUCUUGUGUUCUAAGGUAAUGGUGUGAAGAUGAUGUCCAGUGAAAACUGAGUAGCACGAUGGAAAAUGUUAUGCUCGGGCUUCCCUGGUGGCGCAGUGGUUGGGGGUCCGCCUGCCGAUGCAGGGGACGCGGGUUCGUGCCCCGGUCCGGGAAGAUCCCACAUGCCGCGGAGCGGCUGGGCCCGUGAGCCAUGGCUGCUGAGCCUGCACGUCCGGAGCCUGUGCUCCGCAAUGGGAGAGGCCACAACAGUGAGAGGCCCGCGUACCGCAAAAAAAAAAAAAAAGAAAGAAAAAAAGAAAAUGUUAUGCUCUGACAGGAAGUGCAAAACGCAGGAUGCAAACUUGCAUCUCCCAUGUUCUUGGUAAAAUCAGAAUGUGUGUAUCUAUGGACAAGAGGGAAAUGGGAGCACAGGACAUGAAAACACUGUGUUCACAAACUAUCUGUAAUAUUAUGUUGUUUUUGUAAUUAAGAUGUAUUGGAAAAACUAGGUACUUUGAACGUCCCCACAUCCACAGAUACAAAUAGAGAUCACAGAUGACAAAAUAUAAAUCACAAAUGUAGGAAUCUCACACUAAGGUGAUCAGGGAAACAGGGAAUGCAAUAUAGAGCACUUGAUCGAUAAGUGUCUGAUUGCCUAGUAUGUGCAGACAGUGAUGGGAGCCAGAAACAGAUGAGCCACCUGUGAGCCCAGCGCUGAUAGCCCCUCCACGUGUGCGCACAGUGUGCUCUCACCCCUGUGCAGCUGACUACCAAAUAAAACAAAACUGAUCAGAGUUAUCCUAGAUGUAUACUACUUGGCAUGGGCUCACAGAGGGAGGAGUGGGGAAGACUAAGAAGAUUUCAAAGGAGAGAUGGUAACUGUGUCAUCUCCUUGAUGUGAGUGUUGGGGGGAGGGGCUUUUGUUUAUUCUUCUCUCCCAGCCCUGAUCUCACGGGCCACAGGGUGAGGUGGCUUGAAGAGAGCGCGGAAACCUAACCACUAGAUCACCAGGGUCAGCAGGCUUGAAACAGGACCUCAGUCCUGGUCUUCUCUGAAGAAAGAAUUCAGCACAGAGACAAAAGGUAGUGAAGCAGGCAAAGCGUUUAUUAGAAGAAAAGUACGUGCAGAAAGACAUGCAGGCAGGCUCAGAGGGAGAGUCACGCUUUGGGAGUGGCAGGAAUUACUUAUAUGGGGGAAGUUUUAUGGGUUCCUUCUGGCCAAUCAUCUUGCUUUGUCUUGCUUCGUGCCCAAACUGGGUCUGACUCAGGGCCCUCCCAACGUGCCUGCACACCUUUUAGCCAAGAUAUGUUCUAGUGUGAGGGUCUCUGGGAGGCUGGCAGGACAUAUUACGGGCUAGCGCCUCCUCCCUUUUUGUUUUUUCUUUUUGUUUUUUUGGCUGCAUCACACAGCAUGUGGGACCUUAGUUCCCCAACCAGGGAUCGAACCCGUGCCCCCCUGCAGUGGAAGCGUGGAGCCCUAACCACUGGACUGCCAGGGAAUUCCCACCCCCUUCCUUUUUUGACGCUAAGGAAACUUUCUGCACAUGUGUAGUCAGGGAGGUCUCCUUGACCUCAAGAGUGAAGAAUGUGUCAGCUCUUUUUACUCAAGCAGAGCUCAGCUCCUCUCUGCUACUGCCUUUUUUUUUUUUUUUUUUUUUUUUGUCUGUAUUGGAUCUUUGUUGCUGCACGCGGGCUUUCUCUAGUUGUGGCGAGCAGAGGCUACUCUUCUUCAUUAUGGUGUAUGGGCUUCUCACUGUGGUGGCUUCUCUUCUUGUGGAGCACGGGCUCUAGGCACGUGGGCUUCAGUAGUUGUGGCACGCGGGCUCAGGAGUUGUGUCUCACAGGCUCUAGAGCACAGGCUCAGUAGUUGUGGCGCACGGGUUUAGUUGCUCUGCAGCAGGUGGGAUCUUCCUGGAUCAGGGCUCGAACCCGUAUCCCCUGCAUUGGCAGGCGGAUUCUCAACCACUGUGCCACCAGGGAAGCCCCUCUGCUCCUGCCUUUAUUUUACCUUGAAGCACCAGCAUCUCAGCCUGGGGCCCAGCUAUCUUCUAUCUCCGCCUCAUUCAUUGCUGGGCAGGCCAUGAACCCUUGAUGCGCUUUCUCAUUGUAUUCUCACGACUGACCUAUGAAGGUGAUAAAAUUAUUCUCAUGUUUUACAGAUAGGGAAAUGGAAUGGUUUAUAUAUAUGAAUCUAAUAGUUUGGAAUGGUUUAUAUAUGAGAAUCUGAGAGCCUCUCUCCUUAAGUUCUAAAACAUCCCAAACUGAGAUGAUUCUUCUCUCCUGCCUCUCCCUGCAUCCUCCCUGGGCUUGGGUGAAAUAAACUUGACAUUCACUAACUUCAGCUUUAGCAAUUUGGGGGUUACAAUGGGCUGUCAGUUUUUUGGGGGGUUGGGUUUUGUUUUUUUCAUUAGCCUUUAUUCAUCAUACUGUGAUGAGUUAGGUGGGGAGGUUCACUUGCUAAUGUGGCUUUUUAAGGACCAUACCUCGUAGCAGAGAAAAUUAAGUGCUGGAAAGAAUGGUUCAACAGUUAGUCAUAUGCCGUGCUUUAAUAGCAUAGCCAGCCAAUAUGCAGAGGGGGGCGUGUGUGGAAAAAGGCAAGGUUAAGUGAUUAAUUUUUAAGCACUAAAUAUUUAUUGACAGAAUAUCUCCCCAGGCAGUGUUCACAUGCUUAGAACCCACGCUUUUAACUUGGCAGUGCUGUUUAAGCAAACAAACUCAGUCAGUUGAACACAAUGAUUAACAGGAAGUUGGAGCUGACAGAGUUGCCAACCUUUUGGCCAGGAGAAGAGGCUGGGGUUAAAGUCUUAGAGCAAUGGCUUUCAGAAUAGUCAGUUCACCCCUUGGUGAUUUUCCUGUAGGGAAACAUGGACACAUUGGAGUCAAAACCUCCCUGAGGCAACUUGUUUUUAUGUAGAAACAGGUUGCAGGAAGGGGGUGUGGGGACUGAGCAAAGCAAAUCCCAAAGAGUUACUUCAGAAACGUGAGGCAGAAAGGUGGAAAUGCAAUGCAGUGGCAAACGAGGAGAAAAGGAAGACAGAAAGAAAGGACAAGCAUGCUCAACUGGAAGGUUACGGAACAGCCGAUCAGAACUGCACCUACCAAAAGGAUGGUUAUGGAUUCUGGAGAAAAUGUAAGUUAAAUCUACCUACGCUCUGAUCAGAUCCCAAGAGACAUUUUACUCAUUUCCUGGUUUUGAAUGAUGGGCUCUUGGAAGCAGUGUCUUUUUUUUGUGUCUCUGGUCACUGGUCUGAUUUUUGUGUUUGUUUACAAUCAUGAGUUAUGGGAGAAUAAAAAUUUCCUGGGAGCAUCUCUGUCCAAUGCUUCGCUAUUAGCAGAAGCCUGUCGUCAGAUUUUUAAGGGGAAGGUUUUUUACCCAACAGAGAAUGCAUUGAAAACUGCCCUCAGUGAAUCUACCUGUUAUGAGUACAUAGCUCAAAGUCAGUACAUAACAGAAGCACUCUCUGAAGAAGAGGCUGGCUUCCCUUUGGCUUACAUGAUGACCGUCCACAAAGAUUUUGGCACUUUUGAGAGACUCUUCAGGGCAAUUUACAUGCCCCAAAAUGUCUACUGUGUUCAUGUGGAUGAAAAGGCAACAGAUCCAUUUAAAGAUGCAGUGAAGCAAUUACUGAGCUGCUUCCCAAAUGCUUUUCUGGCUUCCAAGAUGGAGCCUGUGGUCUACGGUGGGAUUUCCAGGCUCCAGGCUGACCUGAACUGCAUCAAAGAUCUUGCAGGCUCUGAGGUUCCAUGGAAAUAUGCCAUCAACACCUGUGGGCAAGAUUUCCCCCUGAAAACCAACAGGGAGAUAGUUCAGUAUCUGAAAGGAUUUAAAGGGAAAAACAUCACCCCAGGGGUGCUGCCUCCCGAUCAUGCUAUUGGACGAACUAAAUAUGUCCACCAGGAACUAUUGAGCAAAAGAAAUUCCUACAUGAUUAAAACCGCGAAAUUGAAAACUCCACCUCCUCACAACAUGACUAUUUACUUUGGCACUGCCUACGUGGCCCUCACGAGGGAAUUCGCUAAUUUUGUCCUCCAAGACCAGCGGGCACUUGACUUACUGUCCUGGUCCAAGGACACCUACAGUCCUGAUGAACAUUUCUGGGUCACACUCAAUAGGAUUCCUGGUGUUCCUGGCUCCAUGCCAAACGCAUCGUGGGCCGGGAACCUCAGAGCUGUAAAGUGGUUUGACAUGGAAGAUAAACACGGAGGCUGCCACGGAUCUUAUCCAAGUGCCACAUUGGGUUUAGGUAUGUUUCUCCAGUCUCCUCUGGGCUGUGACUGUUUCUCAGGCUUUUCUUGUUUUGAUGACCUUGACAAUCUUGAAGGGUGCUGGUUGGAGGUUUUGCAAAAUGCCCCCCACCCAUUGGUUUUGGCUGGUGUUUUUCUCAUGGUUAGAUUGAAUUUGGGGGUUUGGAGGAGGAAGACCACAGAGGUAAAGUACCACUUUCAUCACAUGAUAUGAAGGGUACACACUAUCGACUUAGCUUAUCACAGCUGAUGCUGGCCUUGGUCACCCGGCUUAAGCAGUGUUUGUCAGGAUUCUCCACCGUAAAGUGAGGUUUUUCCCUUUUUCCAUACAACACUCUUUGGGAGGAAGUCGUUCUUCCGAGCCCAUACAUAAAGAAUGGGGAGUUGGGCUUCCCUGGUGGCGCAGUGGUUGAGAGUCCUCCUGCCGAUGCAGGGGACACAGGUUCGUGCCCCGGUCCGGGAGGAUCCCACAUGCCGCGGAGCGGCUGGGCCCGUGAACCAUGGCCGCUGAGCCUGCGCGUCCGGAGCCUGCGCUCCGCAACGGGAGAGGCCACAACAGUGAGAGGCCCGCGACUGAAAAAAAAAAAAAAAAUCGAAAAAUAGGGACUUCCCUGGUGGCGCAGUGGUUAAGAAUCCUCCUGCCAAUGCAGGGGACACGGGUUUGGCCCUGGUCCGGGAAGAUCCCACAUGCCAUGGAGCAAUGAAGCCCGUACAUCACAGCUACUGAGCCUGUGCUCUACAGCCCGCGAGCCACAACUACUGAAGCCUGUGAGCCACAACUACUGAGCCCGCGUGCCACAACUACUGAAGCCUCUGCGCCUAGAGCCUGUGCUCUGCAACAAGAGAAGCCACUGCAAUGAGAAGCCCGCACACCGCAACGAAGAGCAGCUCCCACUCGCUGCAACUAGAGAAAGCCUGCACACAGCAACAAAGACCCAACGCAGCCAAUAAAUAAAUAAAUAAAAUUUUAAAAUAAAUAAAUAAAAAUAGAAUUACCAUAUGAUCCAGCAACCCCACUCCUGGUCAUAUAUCCAGAAAAGAUGAAAACUCUAAUUUGAAAAGGUACAUGCACCCCAAUGUUCAUAGUAGCACUAUUUACAAUAACCAAGACAUGGAAGCAACCUAAAUGCCCAUCAACAGAUGAAAGAAUAAAAAAGAUGUGGUAUAUGUAUACGAUGGAAUAUUACUCAACAAUUAAAAAGAACAAAAUAUUCCCAUUUGCAGCAACAUGAAUGAAUCUUGAGAUUAUCAUACUAAGUCCAACAGAGAAAGACAAAUAUGAUAUCACUUAUCUGUGGAAUCUAAAAAUUAAUACAGCUGAGUUUAUUUACAAAACAGAAACAGACUCACAGACAUAGAAAACAAAUUUAUGGUUACCAGAGGGGAAAGAGGGAGAGAGGGAUAAAUUAGGAGGGAUUAACAAAUACAUAACAAUGUAUAUAAAGUAGAUAAACAACGAGAUUUUCGGUAUAGCACAGGGAACUAUAUCCAAUACCUUGUAAUAAACAAUAAAGGAAAAGAAUCUGAAAAAAUAAAAAAUUCCUUAAAAUAAGUAACAGUUUUACCUUUUCCUUCUUUUUCUUGUCUUCUGACACGCAGAAAUUUGCAAUACAGUUUUAAACGGUAGCAGUGAUAGCAGCUGUCCUUGAGUUGUUCCCAACAUUAAAGGACAUGUUUAACUCUGGUACAUGAUGUUGGAGGUUUGAAGUAGAUUUCUGGUAGAUAUCCUUUAUUGAGUUAAGAAUCAGAAUACCAGAAAAUAAGUAUAAAUAAAAAUAUAUUAUGAUUCUAAUGUUUUUUAAAACCCCAGUUGCUAUCUCUUUUUUGUUGCUUAAUGGAAUUAUGUGUGACUUUGGUUUAAAAUUUUUUUUUCUUUGCACAUAUUACUUCAAAAGGUAAGAGGGAAAGGUCACCACUGUUAAUCUUUUUACACAGUAAUAAUUUAGGAUAGCAGGAACUUCCCUGGUGGCCCAGUGGUUAAAACUCCGUGCUCUCAAUGCAGGGGGCCUGGGUUUGAUCCCUGGUCAGGGAACUAGAUCCCACAUGCCGCAACUAAAUAUCCCACAUGCAGUAACGAAGGUUCCUCGUGCCACAACUAAGACCCGGCGCAGCCAAAUAAAUAAUAAUUUAAAAAAAGAAUUUAGGAUUGCAGUCUAUGCCAAGCGGGAAACGGGAGCGGAGAUUCACUUGAACAGACUAAGCAAAUAACUGGAGUUUGGGAAGACUAAUGCCAGAACCAGAAGUUUCCUGUUGUGACUACUCCCUCUUCUGGUCAGGAUGGCUAAGGGCUUAAGAGAUCAAGCCAAUGGAAAGACACUGGAGGUCAACCUCCCAGGGCCAAGUUCUGACCUUGGAAAGAAGACUAACAGUGAUCUCUCUGAAAGGAGGUGGGUAAGAGGUGACUCUGACCAUGCUCACUUUUCCACGAGGAACGCCUACAAGCUCUGAAAGUGGUGAGCUUCCGGGGUGGCUGUCGGGAAAAUUAAUUUUGCUGAGUCCUUGGGAGCCAGCCCAGGAAGCCUGACCUCCCUCUUCGGAAGGAUACUGGGGGCUGAAUGGUCCCAAACAAAAGGGUUCUUAUGAAAAGAAGGCAAAAUUCAGAAACCAUUGGCCAGCAUCACGUGUCAAACUGUAAAAGUGAAUCUCAGGCGUGUGAUCAAGAGCUGAGGCUGUUAGGAGAAAUGGUUGAAAAAGUUACUGCAAGGUGAAAGUGAAUUAUUUAUGAACUUCAAGCCAUUUAUUUCUAUUAAAGUGAAUUAAUUAUUAGUGAGCUUCAGGGCAUCAGCUGUACACAAGGCAACAAUGGAAGGUUUUCGAUGGCUUUCUAAAAGGUUUUAUUUAAAAAUAACUUUAGACUGCAGAGAAAAGUUAAAAAAUGGUACAGAGAAUUCUCGUAGACCUUUCACCCAACUUCUAAUGUUAACAUCUUACAAAACCAAAGUUCAAUGAUCAAAACCAGUUUGGUUUGGUUUUUAAUUCUAUGCUGGCUGUGUGUUGAGAGUCAGAGCCAGGUGACUUUCACCUUUGCACAGGACAGACCAGAUGGGUAAGGUGAGUCCCAGUAACGUGUAGUGCCAUCACAUUAAACCAAAUGACAGCAAGGGACUGGUCUCAAAUGAUAUUUACAGAUGAAAAUUGCACUAUGAAAAGGAAAAUUCUGUACAUUCUCUAUUCUAGACUAUGGAAAUGAGAUAAAAGAAAAGGAUGGGGGAGGAGAGAAAAUCCACAGUCACAUCACUAAGAAAAUGGUGGGGAAGGAAGCAGGGGUAGGGCAGUUAAAACGUGUCCUGCGUCUUACAGAUCACUGGUUGGGAAACUCUAGAUUCAUUUUCUUAGGAUUUUACUAAAUAGGUGUAAUGGGUCGUGAAGAGCAAGGAGGAAAGGCACUGAUUACUGCCAGGUCUGCACGUUGAAACUCUGGUGCUUAACACCUUUUGUGAUCCCCUGCCACAUACCUGUGAGCAGGUGAGGCAUGAUAACUCCAUGAUUAGCAUUCCAUGGUGGCUUUCACAGAGGACUCAGCAGGAAGUACCCGAAUUAGACUUUCCAAUUGCAUGGCUGUGUAUCAGAGAUGACCCAGUGGAAGAAUGAUGGUUUAAAAAAUAACCACGGUAAUAACAUGAAAUUCUUUGGGGAUAACAACUACAAAAAACAACAGAGUGACUUAAAUACAUGACAGGCUGGUAGAGAAAUAUUUGAAAAUCUAGGAAAUUUACUAAAACACUGAUGUUGUAGUCAUUACCAUACAUGGAAAUUUUCCUACCUGGGUAUGUGAUCAAGAAAGUUUUCUAAGGGAUGGUGGGAAUCUGGGCAAAUGCCAUUUGAAAAACUUCCACAGUAUAAAAUGGGGGUAAAGAAAUAUUGUUGUGUUUUCAUAGGAUUCUUUGAGCAGAAAGCUUCCACUCAUUCCUCUCUAUAUUUAACAAAUGCACUGUGCCAGUUUCAGGUUCUGGGUAUACAGCCGUGUAUUAAGACUGACAGAUCCUUUAUAUCGUAGUUGAAGGGAUAGAAAAAUUACAAAAAUAUAUCAACAAACAAGAUAAUUUUAGAUAGUGAUUAAGUGUCACUGUGAAGAAAAUAAAACAGGGUGAAGUGACAGAGGUCAACAGAUGUGGACAGAGUGGGUUUCUCCUAGAUUAGGCUGUUAGGCAAGACCUUGCCAUAGAGGGAAGAUUUUGAGACAACAGUUUUGCUCUCUGCAAUUGAUCACAAAGACUGUAGUUGGACGUUGAGACUUGCCUUUACCAAUGUAUUUCUUGGCUUUGUUGAAAAUCCAGCGAGUCAAGAGAUCCUUGAAGAAAAAGUUGGUUCCCGUGCUUGGGCAGGGAAAGUAUAAGUCUGCAACAUAGUGUAGCACCAGAAAUUAGGGUAGUACUCAGAGAAUAAUGAGAACAUAUCAAAAGGCACAGAAGUCACCUUGAAGAGGCUCCUGCUGGCUAAUCUGGGACACUUUGAGCAUCCAAAUAAAUAUGAUAGUAAUAGGUUGUAAUUCAAUAACUGAGUCCAUAAAUCCAUACAUGCAUAUAUACAUACACAUGUACACACCUAAAUGGAGGAGAAGGGAAAGCUCUUACAGUAAAAGACCAACUAAUAAAUACAGAAGGAAUAAUGGAGUUAGGAAAUCAUGAAUGGUUGCUGUAACUAAUGGGUGAAAGUUUGACAAGGAGCAGAAUACUUACAUAGUUGCAAAAUAUCUCCCCAUAGAUUA